UCUCUCUCUCAGCAGCGCAGCCCGGAAGCUUCGCUGCAAAGGCAUUCCGAGGAUUCCUCCCCCCCGUCCGACAGGUGUAGCCGGCUGCGCUCAGUUGGAGGCACACGGGGGCGCGGAGGCUGAGAGAGCGUCAUUCAUGCUCAUCUAUGGGUGAGUGUCUGCGGAAAGCUUGCCCAUGUCUGGACGCACUAUGGCAGAGGAUUUUCGGCGAAAAGCCUCCAGAAGGAGAAGGAGAAGGAGGAGGAAGCGGCGGCGGGGAGGAGGAGAGACCGAGACCAGCCAGUCCGCCGCCGCCGCCGCCGCUGGAGAGCGGCUCCAUGUACACGGCGCUGUGGCCCUUUCAGUCCCGGCACGUGGACGAGCUGUCCUUCAAUGAGGGGGACCUGUUCAGUGUUGUCAGCCGCAGCGGGGACUGGUGGACCGCACGGAAAAUCGACAAGAACGGGUGCGUCCUGGACACCGGGAUCGUUCCCAAAAACUACCUGGACCGGGCCGAGUCCCUACGAAUCCAGCCGUGGUAUUUUGGGACAAUGACCCGCCAUGAGGCCCAAAGCCACCUGCUGGGAUCAGGAAACGAUCACGGAGCUUUCCUCAUCCGACGCAGCGCGAAAGAUGACAUUGGAUACGUUCUUUCACUGAGGUCCAGCAGUCGGGUGAAGCAUUUCAAGGUCCUCAAAGCAGAUGAGAGGAAUUUUUACGUGGAGCACGGCCGCCAUUUCAGCUCUCUGAUCGACUUGGUGGAGUACUACCGCGCAAACAGCCUGAACAACACCGGCACGCUGGGAGUCUCCUGCAAGAGGGUAGGACGGGCUCUGUUGAAAAAGCCCAGCACUCGGGACUUGAAUCAUUUUACGGUGGAUGAGUGGGAGCUCCCCAAAGAGGAGUUCACCUUGGAGGAGGAGCUGGGCAGCGGCUACUUUGCUGACGUCUACAGGGGGCGCUGGAAAAACCACAUUAAUGUCGCCAUCAAGAUCAUCAAAAGUGAUUCAGAGUUGAACCACCGUGAAUUUCAGAGCGAAGUUCAGAUCCUAAAGCGUCUCCGCCAUCGUCACCUCAUCUCUCUGUUUGCCGUGUGCACAGCCUCGGCACCGUACUACAUCAUCACCGAGCUGAUGGAGAAAGGCAGCCUGCUCAGCUUCCUCAGAGGUCCAGAGGGGCCGGCCCAAGAUUUUGUGUCUCUCAUUGACAUGGCGGCCCAAGUGGCUGAUGGGAUGGCAUACCUGGAGGAGCAGAACAGCAUCCACAGAGAUCUGGCGGCUCGAAACGUUCUGGUGGGAGAGGACAACAUCUGUAAGGUGGCCGACUUUGGAUUGGCCAGAGUGAUCAAGGAGCCGUUCUACAUCACAGAAGAUAAAAAGAUUCCCUUCAAGUGGACCGCUCCUGAGGCCAUCAGCCAUGGGAAGUUCUCCAACAAGUCAGACGUCUGGUCUUUUGGUGUGUUGCUCUAUGAGAUUGUCUCCUGUGGCGGUGCUCCAUACCCAGCCUUUAGCAACCAGGAAGUGUACCAGCAGGUUACCAACGGGUACAGGAUGCCAGCCCCGGCCAAAUGUUCCAACUCUCUCUACCAACUCAUGCUGAAAUGUUGGAGCUUAGAGCCCGACGACAGGCCAGACUUCAAGACUCUCAAGGCCAAACUGGACAGCAGCUCUUACGAGUUGGAGAGUGACUAAUUUCCUUUUUUGUCUGACUAAACAGAAAAAGCAGUCACAUUAGGGAGGCUGAAACCAGAGCAUGUUUGGCCAUUCGACAAGAGAAAGUUCAGUAAAAUUUUAUUUAUAGUAUCAAAUCAUAACAACAGUUAUCUCGAGACACUUUACAGAGAGUAGGUCUAGAACAAACUAUAAUUUACAAAGACCCAACAAUUCCAAUAAUUCCCACAAGAGCAAGCAUUUAGUGGCGAUUAUUGGUAGAUUCAGUUUUACAGUCCACAAAACAGAAUAUUUUCGAAGGUUUGUUGUAGUUUCCUGCAGAAAUACAUUUUGGGUGUCUUGUUAGAUUUCUUUAUGAACCUUUCUUACUUAAGACUCCACACUUCUUUUUUUUCCAGCCUGGACCCCAUUUUCCUAUGCUUAUGUGUGUAUGUGACUGAGAACAACCAUCUUUGAAAUCAGUCCAGUAUUGAGUGAGAACGCUGUGACAUCCAGCCGUGAACCGGGCUGCAAUGUAAUCCUGUAGGUCAAUUUGGUCCACUAAAAGUUCUGUUUUUGCCGCUGACAGACU